CCGGGGUGGGAGCACGGAAGAGCCUCUGGCUUUGUACACUUCGUCAAAGGCGACGCGGGAGGAGGGGAGCUCGGAUGCGCUCUCCAUCCAUUAGGAGACAAAGAGCAAAUUGCCUUACUUUAAAGUAAAACGCUCUGGCUAAUGAAGGUGCCUGCUGCCCUCCACGGUGCUCUCCAGAUAGGACAUGAGUGUGGCCGUGGCAGGCGUGUGUCUGCAGCCGGGCGGCAGGGGGCCCAUCUGAACAUGGAGAGAUAAGAUCUGGUCCUGCAGGCCUGCCCGACAGAGAGCCGCACCCGCCCGGCCGGGCGAGCCUGCGUCCUGGACAUGGAGCACGGCCGGGAGGCCGAGGCGGAGCUGCGGCGGGGCCCCGAGGUGGGGGGCGACAAGGCCGUGAGCCACAGCUGCUGCAUCUGCGGCAAAAGCUUUCCCUUCCAGAGCUCCCUGUCGCAGCACAUGCGCAAGCACACGGGCGAGAAGCCCUACAAGUGCCCCUACUGCGACCACCGGGCGUCCCAGAAGGGCAACCUUAAGAUCCACAUCCGCAGCCACCGCACAGGGACGCUGAUCCAGGGCCAGGAGCCCGAGGCCGGCGAGACGCGCGUGUCCGAGGGCCUGGACGGCUGCACCAGCCCCACCAAGAGCACUUCGGCCUGCAACAGGAUCCUGAACGGCGCCGCCCCGCUGGACAGCAGCAAGAUCCUGCUGCGGAGCUGCCGCAAGGAGGCGGAGGGGUCCCCGUGCGCCGCGGCGGACGGCCGGGCCGCGGCGCAGUGCUCCUUCUGCAAAAGCAAGUUCCGGCGCAAGAAGGAGCUGCAGCGACACGUGCACCGGGCGCACAAGCCCUUCAAGUGCCGGCUGUGCAGCUACGUGGCGCUCCGGGAGGAGGCGCUGCUGAGCCACGUCGAGAAGGACCACAUCACGGCGCAGGGGCCGAGCGGCGAGGCCUGCGCCGAGAACGGCAAGCCGGAGCUGCCGCCCGGGGAGUUCCCGUGCGAGGUGUGCGGCCAGGCCUUCAGCCAGACCUGGUUCCUGAAGGCGCACAUGAAGAAGCACAGGGGCUCCUUCGACCACGGCUGCCACAUCUGCGGCCGAAGAUUCAAGGAGCCGUGGUUCCUGAAAAACCACAUGAAGGCCCACGGCCCCCGGGCGGCGAGCAAGAACAGGCUCAGGAGCGAGCUGGACCCCGUCGCCACCAUCAACAACGUGGUGCAGGAGGAGGCGAUCGUGGCUGGCCUGGCCCUCUACGAAAUCUGCACCAAGUGCGGGAACCUGUUUACAAACCUGGACAGCUUGAACGCCCACAACGCCGUCCACCGCAGGGCGGAGGCGGGCCGGACGCGGGCUCCGGCCGGUGAGGGCGCGCCCGGCCCCGCGGACUCCCAGCAGCUCUUCCUCCAGUGCCUGAACCUGCGGCCUGCCGGGGCCGACGCGCCUGCCCACGCGCAGGCCGGGCGGCGGGUGGCCGAGCUGGACCCAGUCAACAGCUACCAAGCCUGGCAGCUGGCCACCAGGGGCAGGGUGGUCGAGCUGGCCGAGUACCUCAAGUACGGGGCGUGGGAGGAGGCGCUGGGCGGGGACGUGGCCUUCGACAAGGAGCGGCGAGAGUACGUCCUGGUGAGCCAGGAGAAGCGCAAGCGCGAGCUGGAGCCGGGUGUGCAGGGCCACCCGCGGAAGAGGACGGGCGCGCCCGGGGACCCCAUGGCUGGGCCCUUAGACCCCCGGCUCGCCUCCGCGCGCCCCAGCCGCCGUGCCGCCACCCCCGCAGGCCAUGGCAAGUCCUCCGAGUGUUUCGAGUGCGGCAAGAUCUUCCGCACCUACCACCAGAUGGUGCUGCACUCCCGCGUGCACCGCCGCGUGCGCCGCGACCAGGACUGCCCCGGCGACCGCGUGGCCCGCGUCCGUUCAGGCUCCUUCAGUGAGGGCGACUCGGCCUCGCAGCCCAGCAGCCCUGGCUCAGCCUGCGCCGCCACCGACUCCCCAGGCUCGGGCCUGGCCGAGGAGGGUGCGGAUGAGAGCGGAGAGGAGGGCGCAGCUGAAGUUGCACCAGGGGCAGAGUCACGCGGCUGCUGCUUCUCCAAGGACGCGGCUUCUCCUUCGCUCUCCAACGGAGGCCACAGCCUCGGGGACGCCCUGUCGGCGGAGCGCGGCCCCGGCAGGCUCUGCUUGGAACUCGCUGCCUCUGUGCGCGCCCCCGAGGACCGCGGCAGGGAGACGGCCAGGAGGCCGGAGCCCCCGAGAUGCUCCGCGGACCCGAGGGUGCCGGCGUGCCGCCCCAAGCAGGAGCUCCUCGGCGCCAGGGACCCUGCAGACGCCCCUUGCGGUGCGGACCAGACUCACGUGGACGGGGUGGCCCGGCAGCGCUGGCCCGAGGGCCCGGCCAGCCGCCCGAAGGAGCAGCCGUGUGGUUUGCACAGCAGGGAGCACCCCGGGCGGGGCACGAGGGCGCUGGCCCCCGACCUGGCCCCGCUGGACCUCAGCGAGCGCUCGACCCGCGAGGACCGCGGCCGCAAGGAGCCGGCCUCCUCGCCGCAGGCCGCGCUGGCCGUCCACCCGUGUCCUUACUGCAGCCACAAGUCCUACUACCCCGAGGUCCUGUGGAUGCACAAGCGCCUCUGGCACCGCGUCAGCUGCAGCGCCGCGGCCCCCCAGUGGACGCGGCCCAACGGGCACAGAGGCGUCAGGGACGGCCUGGUGUUCCUCGUCCGCAGCGGGCGCACGGGCCCCCCGCCUGCGCUCGGGGGCAGGGACUGCCAGCCCCUGCCCGUCGCGCGGUUCUCGCGCACCCAGGUGCCGGGCGGCACACCCGGGCCCAGAGGCAGCUCCUCGCCCCUGGGCGGGGCCGCGAAGGCCACCGGCGUGUCGAAGAGCAGGGAGGGCCCGCCUGGGGGCCCCUGUGCGCUCUGGGCGGCCAGCCCUGAGGGCCCUCGGCAGACCAGGCCCGGCCACGGCCCCGAGCAGCUGGGGGCCCUGGCCCCGACGCCCCCGCCCAGGCCCAAGCAGGAGCCGGGCCCCAGACCCGCGCCCUCGGCGGGAGGUGGCUUCAGCAGAAGUGCCACCCCCACGCCCACUGUCACUGCCCGGGCGGGGGACAGGUGUGUCAGCCCCGGGGCGGGGGCGGGCCUGGGCGCCCCCAGCAAGCACGGUGCCCCGGACCCACUGAAAGCCAAACCGAGCCCCCAGCCGCAGGGCCCGCCGCCCAGGAAGGGCGACGGGGGCCCCCCUCUACCUCCCCGAGAGACCCCCUGCAAGGCCGGCCAGGGCCCCAGGGGGGACGCGGCCCCGCCCGCCCUGCAGGCCGCCAAGCAGGAGCCAGCCCCCGAGGGCCCCGAGAAGCGCCUGGACAUCCUCAGCCUCUUCAAGACCUACAUUCCCAAGGACCUCGCCACCCUCUACCAGAGCUGGGGCGCCGAGGGCCCUGCGCUGGAGCACAGAGGGGCGCUCCGGACGCAGGCCCGCCAAGGAGACCUGGUCUGCGUGGAGUGUGGGAAGUGCUUCCACCAGCCCAGCCACCUGCGGGCGCACCUGCGGGCCCACUCAGGAGGGGUGUUCGACUCCGACGGCCUCCAGGGUGCCGAAGUGCUCACCGCCCCUGCGGACGCCCCCAAACAGGGGAGAGACCCCUCGAGCCCAGACGCCGCCCCGACAGUGCCUCUCCGGAAGGGAACCUAGAGACACGCUGCCCGCGGACCCCUGUGCCCUGUGACAGCCCUUAGCGGUGCCCCCGAAGUCCCAGCAGCCUCCCGGCAGUGACCCUGGCCCACCCUCUGGAGGAAGAGGGGCGGAGCCCUCGCCGCGAGACCUCCGCCCUGGACCGCGGUGCCUGCCGGCUUCUCCGGUGGGAGGCGUGGCCGCAGUGCAGAUGCUGCCCUGGAGGCCCCGUGCGGACGCUCCGCCCACACACGUGCACCCCACCCACGCUUCCCUUGCCGGUCGGGGCGUGGGCGGGCCCAGGGAGGGCGCGGGCUCCCGUGCGGUGGGAGACACUGGAAAAGGGCCUUUGGCGCCUGUCGGCUGAGCGAAGCCGCGUGGGCGGAACUGUUGGAGGGGGGUUGAGCUUGACACCAGGGGACCCCUGCGGCCCCUCCCGC